AUGGAUAUUUCCUUUGGGAAUUUGAGGAAUAAAAUCAUUGUCAUAUACUUAGACGAUUUGACUAUAUUCUCUAGGAAGAGAAAACAUCAUUUGCGAGAUUUGAGGAAAGUUCUGAUGAGAUGCAGAGAGCAUGGGGUGUCAUUAAAUCCUAAAAAGUCUGUUUUUGGCGUCACAAAAGGAAAACUUCUCAGACAUAUUGUUUCAAAGGAGGGAGUAAAGGUGGAUCCAGAAAGAGUAAAGGCAAUACAACAACUCAACCUUCCUUCCAACAAAAAUGGAGUGAGGUCCUUCUUUGGACAGGUGAACUUUCUAAGACGUUUUAUUCCUGAUUUUGCUAAGACUACUAAAUACAUUGUAAAUACGAUGAGUGAGAACGUAGUUUUUAAGUGGAAUGAGGAAGGUAAAAGGGCUUUUGAAGAAAUAAAAAGAGAAAUAGCGCAUGCACCCACUCUGGUUAAUCCAGAUUUCAGUAAGGAUUUUAUUAUUUAUUGCUAUGCAUCAGAGCAUACUAUGUCUAGAAUUUUAGUGCAGAAAGUGAAAAGUAUUUUAACCCAACAGGAUGUUGGUAUCAAUAAUAGAGCAUCUUGGGUCUCUAAGAUUCAAGAGUUCAAUUUAGACAUUAAGCCUACUAAGCUAUUCAGAGGACAAGGCCUUUGUAAACUAAUGGCGGAGAGCAAGUUUGAAGAGGAGGAAAGUUUGCCCUUAACUUUAUUUGUUAAUCAUCAGGAUUCUUGGUUCACCGAUGUUGCCUAUUAUCUCACUUAUGGAGACUAUCCAGGUUAUCUUUCUCUUAGGGAGAAACAAAAUUUGAAGCUAAAAGCUACAAAGUAUGUUAUCUUUGAUGAUAUAUUGUACAAGAAGGGUUUGGAUGACACCUUUCUCAGGUGUGUAGAUAAGCCGCAUCAAGAAGCUUUACUGAAAACUUUCCAUAAUGAGGCAUGUGGCGGUCAUUUCUCCUCUAUGGUGAUUGCAUAUAAAAUCUUGAGGAACUAUUACUAUUGGCCAGGAAUGUUCAGAGAUGUGUAUGCUUGGGUAGCGAGGUGUGAAAAGCGCAAAUCGUUUAUAGGAAAGAAGCAAGCUAAGAUUAAAGAGGAAAAGCUUGACUUUGAAGCUGCACAUUCCAUUGGUGGCCGAGUUACUAGAUCGAGAUACAAGAAGAAUUUUCAGCCACUUGCCGCCCAUCUCAUUCUUUAUUUGGACGCUAAGGAAGCACAAGGCAAUAUGACAACCCCUGUUUCUGAUGCUAACAAAGUUGUAACUGAUGUUGAUACUAAUGUCCAAGAUUCAUAG